AUGAAUCAGAGAGAUAGAGGGAUGUUGUUCGCUGGCGUGAGCCGUGGACACAGCCCCUAAACCCCCACAGCAGAUGGACGAGUUCGACACGUUGGCUGUUCAGAGACAGAAUAAGCGUCCCAUGAUUUGGAUUCCUGCUGUUUGGCGUCUCAUAUGAUGGAACGGGCGAUGGAACAUUUUAACGUGCAGCUGAAUCGGUUAACGCGCUCAUUGCGCCGCGCCAGGACAAUAGAGCUCCCCGAAGAUAGUGAAACAGCUGUGUACACACUAAUGCCCAUGGUCAUGGCUGACCAGCACAGGUCUGUUUCUGAAUUGCUUUUAAACUCCAAGUUUGAUGUCAACUAUGCCUUUGGACGUGUUAAAAGAAGCCUUCUACACAUCGCUGCCAAUUGUGGGUCAGUAGAGUGUCUCAUCCUGCUAUUAAAACGUGGAGCGAAUCCAAACUAUCAGGACAUUUCUGGCUGUACACCUCUACACCUGGCAGCAAGAAAUGGACAGAAGAAGUGUAUGGGCAGACUGUUAGAGUACAACGCUGAUGUCAAUAUCUGCAAUAAUGAAGGCUUGACUGCUAUUCACUGGCUGGCUGUGAAUGGAAGGACAGAACUGCUUCAUGAUCUAGUUCAGCAUGUGUCUAAUGUGGAUGUGGAAGACGCUAUGGGCCAGACGGCAUUACAUGUUGCCUGCCAAAAUGGACACAAGACUACAGUGCAGUGUCUUCUGGACAGUGGAGCAGACAUCAACAGACCCAAUGUAUCUGGAGCGACUCCACUUUAUUUCGCCUGCAGUCAUGGUCAGAGAGACACCGCUCAAAUACUGCUCUUAAGAGGAGCAAAGUAUCUGCCAGACAAGAAUGGGGUCACACCGCUUGACUUGUGUGUGCAGGGUGGAUAUGGCGAAACAUGUGAAAUACUCAUCCAGCAUCACAGCAGACUAUUUCAGACGCUGAUACAGAUGACCCAGAAUGAAGACAUUAAAGAGAACAUGCUCAGGCAAGUGUUAGAGCACGUCUCACAGCAGAAUGACUCCAACUACCAGAGGAUUCUCACUAGCUUGGCUGAGGUGGCCACCACAAAUGGGCAUAAACUGCUAAGUUUGUCCAGUAACUUUGAGGUGCAAAUGAAGAGUUUACUCCGGAUUGUCCGUAUCUUCUGUCAUGUGUUCUGUCUUGGACCAUCCACUCCAAACAGUGGGAAUGACAUGGGCUACAAUGGCAACAAGACGCCCCGUAACCAGGUGUUCAAGCCUCUGGAGCUGUUAUGGCACUCACUGGAGGAGUGGCUGGUGCUCAUCUCCACUGAACUGGAUAAAGAGUACAGAGACACCAACGUGUUGUCGUCAGGAAAUGACAUCGCCUCACUUCUCCUGAAGAAGCAGGAGUCUGAAUCCUCUCUGUCCAGUGAAACUCCUCCACUGCUGCUGAAGGCCAAAGCUGUGAUAAAGACACCGGAGGGAUACACCGAUGGCCAGGAUGUCAUGUCCAUGAUUGCCAAUCGCCUGAGUGCUGUGAUACAGGCCUUCUACAUGUGCUGCUCCUGUCAGAUGCCACAAGGCUUGACCUCCCCGCGAUUCAUCGAGUUUGUCUGUAAACAUGAUGAAGUUCUCAAGUGUUUUGUCACAAGGAAUCCAAAAAUUAUCUUCAAUCACUUCCACUUCCUGCUGGAGUGUCCUGAGAUCAUGUCUCGAUUCAUGCAUAUCAUCAAAGGCCAGCCAUUUAAAGACCGGUGUGAGUGGUAUUAUGAACAUCUUCUGGUCGGACAGCCAGACUCUGAUAUGGUUCACCGGCCGGUUAAUGAAAAUGACAUUCUUCUGGUUCACAGAGACUCAUUAUUCCGCAGCAGCUGUGAGGUUGUGUCCAAAUCCUCCAACGAGAAGCUCAAACAAGGCAUCGCUGUGCGGUUCCACGGUGAAGAGGGCAUGGGUCAGGGUGUGGUCAGAGAGUGGUUUGACAUUCUGUCCAAUGAGAUCAUCAACCCAGACUAUGCACUGUUUACACAAUCUGCAGAUGGUACCACGUUUCAACCCAACAGCAACUCCUCAGUCAACCCCGAUCAUCUGAACUACUUUAGAUUUGCUGGUCAAAUCUUGGGUCUGGCACUCUACCAUCGCCAGCUUGUCAACAUUUACUUCACACGCUCCUUUUACAAGCACAUACUGGGUAUCCCAGUGAGCUACCAGGAUGUGUCGUCCAUUGACCCAGAGUAUGCUAAGAACCUGCAGUGGAUCCUGGACAAUGAUAUCAGUGAUCUCGGCCUUGAGUUAACCUUCUCUGUAGAGACGGACGUGUUUGGAACCAUGGAGGAAGUGCCUCUCAAAUCAGGAGGAAUUGCUAUUCAGGUCACACAAGACAACAAGGAGGAGUAUGUGCAGCUGGUGACGGAGCUGCGGAUGACGCGAGCGAUCCAGCCCCAGAUCAAUGCGUUCCUGCAGGGCUUCCACACUUUCAUCCCCCCCUCCCUCAUCCAGCUCUUUGAUGAAUAUGAGCUGGAGCUGCUGUUGUCAGGAAUGCCAGAGAUUGAUGUCAUGGACUGGAAGAGAAACACAGAGUACACUAGUGGAUAUGACCUGAAGGAGCCUGUUAUACAGUGGUUCUGGGAAGUGGUUGAAAAUCUCACUCAAGAGGAGAGAAUCCUUCUCUUACAGUUUGUUACAGGAAGUUCAAGAGUCCCUCAUGGAGGAUUUGCUUUUCUUAUGGGUGGCAGUGGCCUGCAGAAGUUCACUAUCGCCGCUGUUCCCUUCACAUGCAACCUACUGCCUACCUCUAGUACAUGCAUUAACAUGCUGAAACUCCCAGAAUACCCCAGCAAGGACGUCCUGCGAGAUCGCCUGCUAGUCGCACUUCAUUGUGGGAGUUACGGAUACACCAUGGCCUGACGCAGGAUUGUGUUUGCUGGGACUCAAUGGACACACUUACACGCACAUGUCUCACUUCAGGGAUUCUUCAACACUGCUCCGAUUCAGAUGCCUUUGGUAAAAUUUGAUCUUUUUUGCACAAGCAAACCUGUGACAAGGACACAUCAGUGAAUAAUGUUAAUAAUUGAUAAUUCAGGCACUGGUGCUGUUGUGUAUGAGUGAAUCUGAUGAAAACAUAGCCAGGUGACAUUUCAUCCCGAAAUCAAAAGGAAAAAAGAAGUUGGUAAUAUCAUUUGCAUAAAUAAAUGAAGUCUUGCCGCCAAUUUGCUGAGAACGUUGUAUUUUUGUUAUUAUUCUCAGUGGUUAUUCUCAUGACUAUACAUCUAAUACAGUGUUUGAUUUGAUUUUUACUGUAGUACAAUUAUAAAAAAAACUGUAAGACAGGAUAAUUUUUUUAAAUGAAUCAAAAUAAAUAAAAGGCAGUACAACUACUGUAAUGCAUGAAUACUUUACAGUUUACAUAAUAUAUCUUUUUUUGCAUUACAGUUAUGAGAAUAAGAUUUUAAGAAUUUAAUAUACAGCUCUGGAAAAAAAUAAGAGACCACUGCAAAAUGAUCAGUUUCUCUGGAUUUACUAUUUAUAUGUAUGUGUUUGUGUAAUAUGAAGACCUCGAGUAAUGCAAAGAAAACAAAUUCAUAUUCAUUAUGAAACA